AUGGAAAAGGACGAGGAAACAAGAUAUAUUCUCAAAAAGUUGAUAUACACGGAUUACGAGCGCUAUCAAAAUGAACCUCCAGUUUUAAAAAAGCCAGAGUAUCAUAAAGCAAAAAUUUCUAUCUGGGCCGAUUUGAAAUAUGAAAAUGUUGAAGUGUUGAACUCAGCCACGACUGUUGAAGAAUUACAAAACUUAUUAUCAACAUUUUACGAUUUGGAAGACUACAAGGAGAACAAAAGAAGUGCAAUUUUAAUUGAUUUCUACACAUACUUAUUGCAGUUUGCGAAGGAAAAUUGUUUUAACAUUGAACAAACAUCUGCAUUCUUUUCCAUUCUUAAACAAACAAACGAUAUCUGUAUAGGUGACACUAGAUUUGAAAAUGGUUUACAAUGGUAUGCCUCUGACUCCUCCUACUGA